AUUGAUGACGUACAUGUGAUGCGACAGCACCGCGCGCUGUUUGUAGAUGAAUUUACGGUGUGGGUUGGUAACGUCGUUGAGGAUUUUUACGGAUAAAAUUCAUAAUUUGUACGUAUAUAUACUCUCUUGAGCUGUACGGGGUCUUACAGCAGGCAUGUUUAGCCCCCGCACCGCCCCGAGCUCGGGUCGCAGACAGGCUGGCAGGACCACCGGGAGGAAGAGCGUCUCCGGGGCGGCCAACAGCCUGCUGUUCUCCCCGCGGAGGACCCCGCUGUCCGUCAGGUGAGAGGAAACACCGACAGUCCUUUUGUUCAACUUAUUUUUGAACUGUUGCAUGACUGCUGCUCAUAGAUAAGGAGUAAUUGUUCUGCUGUCCUUCUGGUAUCAAAACACACUUCUCUUUCCUCACAAAACUAAUUAACUAACUAAUUUGGAUACCAGACUACCUACAGGUUUUGAUCCUGAUGAGGAUUCCCUAGACCACAGGUGUCAAACUCAAGGCUCGGGGGCAAAAUCUGGCCCCUGGAACAAUUAUAUCUGGCCCACAAAUUCAUAUCAUACUUGUAUUAACAUUGGCCACCAGUAUGAAGUCUGCAGAUUUCCUCCAGUAUACUAAUGUAAACUUUAGCACCAUUAUUUGAAAUGCCCUUAAUAAACCACGAAAAUCUGGGAAAUUAAAGAGUAAGGAAGAUUUUACAAAUAGUCGAGAAUGUGGGAAAAAAUAUUUGGUGUUUUAUUUCUUUUUUCAAUUCUGCAUUUCAAGAUAACAAAUCAAACAUGAUUGGAUUUUUUAUUUCAUGCUUUGAUUUUGUUCAAUCAGUAUUUAGACUUGUGUCAUUUUUAUACUUUAGAUUCCAAAUUUAAGUCAUAUUUUGACCUUUUAAACCUGAUUUCAACGUUCUCCUUAUGUAUUUGCUCUUUAAAAGCAUUAUUUUUCUAUUUUUUAAUAUCAUGCUCUGAUCUUUUGAACUAAUAAAUAAAAAUAUAAUAACUUUUUCUAUCUCAGAUUGCCUUUAAAUAUAUCUAUUUAUCUUUUUUGAAUUACCAAAUGAUUUAUAAUCAUUGCUGUUUUUGUUACAUAUUUUUUGAAAAGGAGGUUGACAGUUUUGGUGAAAUGUUGACCCUGUUUGGCCCUCAGGUUAGACCUAAAUCCAGAUUAUGGUCCGUGCUGUGGUUGAGUUUGAUACCCCUAGACCUCCAAACAACAAGUCUGUUUUCUGUAUCUUGUCAUAUUUACUCCUUUAUCACAUUUAUUGUUAUUAACUGAAAAACACGUUUCCCCAUACAGAUGACACCAUAUCAUAAGGCUGCUCAACUAUAACAAAACUCAUAAUCGGGAUAAUUUUGACUGAAAUUAUAAUCACGAUUAUUAAAAAAUGACUACCCUUGAUUUGGCACUGGCUUCACACACACACAUUUAUGAAACUUUAAACCUCUUUAAAUCCUACAGAAAUAAGUGGAAACCAUGGUCUAGUCUACCUAUUUUGUUUAACAAGGUAUUUCUUCCAUUUUGUACAUGCUGAGCAAGUAAACAAUGUAAUAGUACACAGUUACCAAUGUCCCACUAAAACAUUGGAUUUUGUGCACUGUGUUAAUUGCAAAUGCUCCUUGUAAGAUACCCAAUUAAAGAUUAAACAUAUACAGUGCAUAUAAAACGUCUACACACCCAUGUUCAACUGCCAGGUUUUUGUCAUGUAAAAAAAUUUAAUCAAGAUAAAUAAUUCUACAACUUCUCCCACCUUUAAUGUGACCUAUAACCUGUACAACACAAUUGAAAAACAAACUGAAACCUUUCAGGGAGGUGAAGUAAAAAUAAACAACCGAGAUCACGUGGUUGCAUAAGUGAGCAUACUUAUGUGAAAUGUGAAAUUAUUUGAUUUGAUUUAAUUUUUUUUUACAUGAAAAAAACCUGGCAGUUGAACAGGGGUGUGUAGAGUUUUAAUAUCCACUGUAGACUAGCUGCAGCUCAUUAUGUGUCUCUGUAUCAGGUCAACACCUACCAGAGGGCAGAGCCAUGCAGCUGCAGAGUCCAUCAACUAUGACGUGCAAACCUUCGGCUCCUCGCUGCCUGUCAAAGUGAUGGAGGCUCUGACGAUAGCUGAUGGUAAAGAGUUAAAACCUUUAUUUUGUUUCACUGUUAUCGUUGAAUCAGGGUUUGUUGCAAGCCCUGGAUCUCAUUCCAGUAUCACUGAUGAUUUUGUGUGUGUUGGUGCCUCUAGCCGAUGAACAGAUCUCAGUGAAGGUGGAUGAGAGCAGCUGGGCCUGGAUGGUUUGUGGAGAGAGAUUAAUCAUCUGGAAGAUCUGCCAGACUGCCGUUGCCAAGGUACGGUGCAGAAUCCUACAGCUACAAGGUGGAAAACAACUGAUUUGUAGUUGGAGAAAGAAUGAAAUACUAAGGCAUAAACAUGUUGUGAAGAAUACAAGUUUCAAAACAGUAAUUUCAGAGGUAGUAUCACAAGAAGUGUUCACACAUCUGAGGGUAGGACAAACUACUCUGCAAAAAUGUGACUUUCUUAAAUGGAUCUGGACCUGAAUGGUUGUUCUGGACUCUGCUCUGUGUUUUUCCUCCAGCUUUCGGUGUGUAAGGAGCUGCAGCUGCCCAGCAGUGAGUACAACUACACCGCGGACCUCGUGGCUGUGACGUCUACAGCUCCUCUAGAGACGGCAGCUGUUCAGUCCAUCUCUGUCCUGGCGGUGGCUGCAGAAGGAACGGCUCGCUUGUGGCCCAGUCUGUCCCAGGAGGGAAACUACUCAGAAACAGAAGUGGACCUGGGAGAUCUGUGCAACUUUGUUGUUGCUGUCAGAGUGAGUACAUCUCAUUUGUUUACAGCUGAAAUAACCCUGCAGGUUACCAAACCAUCACUGACACAUUUGGCAUGAGCUACAAGUGCCAAAACGACCCAACAGUUAACAACAUACGGAGUUUUUCUGUCUGGUUUGAAACAAGCAAUUCAAAAAGGACAGAACAUUACUGUGCUGUUUUCCUCAUGGCUUUUUCUCUGACUAUUCUCUCCCCGCUCAGGGUGGAAGCUUCGUCCUAUCGUCAGUGAAGAACCGCCUGGUGAGAGCGAGUGCAGAUUCUUCUGGAAAGCUGCAGUACAGAGCUCUGCUGCAGGGUCAGGGGAUGCUCUCCGGCAUUGGACGUCGAGUCUCCAGCCUGUUUGGCAUCCUCUCUCCUCCAGCCAACGACACAGUGAGUCAGACGGAGUAAAACAGAGGAAAUGUCCUUGGCUUUACAGAAAGACCUUAACAGCAACACGCCAACAUUAAUUUAGUCUGAUGGCAUUCACACUAGCAGCUCACCUGCAAAGAAGACAACAGCACAUUUCAAGAGAGAUACAUGGCCUGAAUCACCAAGAUUUCACUUUAGAAAAUCACAUCCCAACCAGUGUUGACACAGUUACUUUUAAAAAAGUUUUUUGAUUACUGAUUACGGAUUACUCCUUUAAAAAGUAACUUAGUUACUUUACUGAUUACUUAAGUUUAAAAGUAACUAAGUUAGAUAACAAGUUACUUUUUAAGUUACAUUUAGCAGUCUCAACUUAUAAAUGACAACCAUUUAAACCACCUUGGUGUUGUUAUCUUCAGCUGACACAAAUGCGCGUCCCUCUCCUCCCUCCAUUGUUGUUUAUGAUUGUUUUGCCGCGGCUGCUUUAUGUGUGUUUACAUGUAUUACACAUGAGCGGUCCUCGUGCUGAAAACAUGACUUGUCGUCUACAUGACUGAUUUAAGAUUAAACACAAAGUAACUGUUUUAUGCUUCUCAAUUAGACUAGUUUAUUGACACUUUACUCCCCGUUGUUCUCUGCAGCUCCACAGUGUAUUGUGGGUGGGCGGGGCCAGCUGCCUCUACUCACUGACCAGCUCCAGCCUGAGUAAAUGGGAGCUGGACGACAGCUACGAGCAUCAGCUCCUCAGCUGGGACACACAGAAAGCUCUGACUGAGAGUAUCGCAGACGCAAUCUGGGUCAGUAAAUAGAUUAUAAUUUGUGUAUAUGUCUAAUCUGGUAUCAUACAGAGGUUCUGAAGUGCUGCAGGAAGGUUUUAGGUCCUUUAAUCCUUGAGUAAUUAAGUUUAAUGUUGUUUUUUUCUCCCCCUCAGGGUUCAGAGAGCAACUACGAGGAGAUAAAGGAGGGGGUCAACGUGACGUACCUGGAUAUGAAGCUCAGCCAGUGAGUGUUUUAUUCAUUAUUUGUGUCAACAUGUUUAAUUUAGACUUUUAAUUUUCACUCAGCAGUUUGUGUGAAGGCUCCUUUGUGCUUUCUGUACUUAUGAAAUGUGAGCGCAUGUUUGUAACUGUCACUACUACAAACUUUCACAUCCUUUACCGUGAAAUGGACGUUAAACCCACUAGAGGGCGUGAUUUCUCCAUCACUGUCAUCCAAUCGGACCUAAAGAAACAUCAGCCCCUGAGACAACAUCAGGAAAAACUCAACUGCCGUAUCUUUUUAGAGCCGGUCUGGUGGUUUUGGCUGCAGCCUGGCACCCCUCAGACACCCCCUGCCUGGCUUAUUUCUGCCUGGUCACCCUGCAGGACAAUGGAGCCGCCAUCUCAGACCAGUUCACCGUGGAGGUCACCAAGCACAGCGUCCCUUUCCAGGUCAGACUGAGCCACAAAAGUCUUGAUUGCUGUGAAGUGAGACUUUAAUUCACUUCACUGCAAAUAUUCUGGGUUUGUCUGUUUCUCUCUGAAUUUUUGAUGCCGUUUAAAACUUUGUUUAGAAAAUGUUUUCAUCCUUUCUUGCUCGGUGAAGCAUCUUUGGCUGCAUCUUUUUGAUAAUAAUGUUGUCAUCUUUAUUAUAAAAAAACAUGCUUUUCUCCUUGUCUGCUCUGAUUUCUGUCCCUGCACACACUACAAGUUUUAUCUGAUGAGGUGUUUUGAUGGUUCCCUCUUUAUCUGCACAGUGUAGUUAAAUAUAUCAUAAAAACAUUCAGCUGCCUCCAAACUUCUCCAAAUCAGGGGACCGGGUUCAGAUCAGAAAUGUUGUUUUCAUUUCACCAUAUCCUUUAACCUUUCAUUGAUUUAACGUUAGUCAUCAUAACUCUUCCUCUAACUGUCAUUUGAAAUCAAAAUCGUCAAAGAAAGAAGCUUCAUUUGAGCAUUUUUCCCCCCUGUCUGGUUUUCUCAGAGUGAAGAGGCCCUGCAGACGACCCGGCUGGUACUGCCACGCUCCCCCGGCACCACCGCCUUCCUCCACAACGAGGAGCUGGUGUUCGCCUGCUGGACGGGAACCAGCAGAGGAGGACUACCAGACGAGAAAAUCAGCUUUAACUCCUCAGGUGGGGAAAGGAAAUCUACAAAAACAUCUCUACACAGCUUUAUAAGAUUUUUUAAAGAGGGUAGUGAAGUAACGGUGUUCAAGGCUGGAUGUGCAGAGAGCAGAGGCUGCAGGAUAAUAACAGAAAACAAGUAACAACAAGGAAAAUACGAUAAAAAAAGAAAGUGUGGCAUUUUAACCUGCAAAGAUUUAAGACAGAGGGAGCGUUUUGUUCACAUCUUGUGGAGGAACUCACCAAAAGUAAGAGUUUUUGAGGUAUGAUCUAGAAACAAUGAUGUGAACUUACUCUUUUAUGUGCUUUCCAAUAACUUAUUCCUUUUUUUGUUUGGGUUUUGAGCUCGUAUGAUGGAGUACCGUGUUAGAUUAAAGAUGAAAAAAGAUAGAAUUACGUCAGAAUAAAGUCCAUAUUAUUACAGUGAAACAAUUGUAAAGUCCGAGUUUUGGUCAACGGUUGACUUAUUUGGAGGUGGACAGACUAUAAGAAGAGCAGCUCAAUAAGGAAGUUCUUGUAUUAAAGUAAACUCCAGUUACACACUCAUUUCCUCGUUUCUGUAAGGAAGCCCCUGGCUGCUCAUCCUGUAUCGUACUUCACAACAGCAGCAACAUGUUUGAUGAGAAACAACUUUAUUCUUCUAACUUCAGUCACAUUAUUAAAACUUGAUUCUCAUGAUAGUUGUGACUUUCCUUCCUUACUGGGCAAAUCAAAUGUAACUCUGAUAUAAAUACCAAACUUACUGUAUCUCUGUGUCUGCUGCCUCUCCAGGUGAUGGUGUUCGUGGAGGAGGCUGCUGCGCCAACCUCCCGGUGUUUUUCACUCAGAAUAGCGGCCUGGUGGCGGUCGUGGCCCGGGAGAGUGCUUCCAUCCUGCCGGAGACCAUGGAGGACUCCCUGUGCUCCUCGCUGGCUGCAGCUCCGGAGGUGAAACUCACAAACAGCAGCAGCCCAGUUUAAAAAGUUUUCGUACCUUUUAGUCAUUAAGACAUCCAAAGCAGUCCGUUACAAACAGGGAGGGUAUUGUGGAGGUUGAUAAGACUGUGCUGUCAAUUUUAUGUACAGAUUGUGGAACAGAUUCUGGAACAUAAAAGAAAAGAUAUCUUAAAAAAAGUUGAAAUCAGGGUCAGAAAUUGUGCACCAGAAUUUCUGCAAACAUUUUGAGUAAAUAUUUAUCUUACACAAGCAGUCACAAACAUACAGUUCAGCCAAGUCAGCUAAAAGGAUGGUGAGUUUGUAAGAAUAAUAUCAAUGGAACCUAAAAUUUCACUGUUGGUCGUGGCUGAAUCUUAAGUGUUUCUGUUUUUGUGUUUAAGGUUUCAGCCAUGGAGACUCCCAGAGCAGAGCCUGUCGCUCAGGAGGACAAAACCAAACUCCUGAAGGCUGCUUUCCUGCAGUUCUGCCGGUAAGACCAUCAUUGAACGGUUUUACGUGGAAAGAGUUGACACGUUGUUUGACAUUGGCUUCUUGCUUUGUCCUUUUGAUUCUGGAUCCGGUGCUACAUUACAUUUUGACUAUGCCAAGCAGGGCUAUAACUGGGGUGUAGAAAGUAGGGAGGUCCAGCAGUCAUACUUUACGUAAGACUUCAUGAUAAUUUUUUAAUUGAUUCAUUAUUUUAUUAAUUGAAUCAUUUAUAAGAUCAUGCAGCAAAAAAGAGCUGCACUGAGAGAAAGAGAGAGAGACAUGUCUAAUCAUGUUCCAGUGUUGAGGGUUGUGAAGCUGUCUACUGUAUGUUUUAUUCGUUAUCAUAUGACACAAAUGUCAUACUGUAAAAUGUUCACUGAGGGGGGAGAAGAGGUGUCAGUUUUUUUAAUGUCUCUUCGAUGUUUAUCUGCAUUUAUAAAGCCGUUAUAGUCAGCAGAGUCCUCCUCGUCCCUCCUGUAGAUCAGUUUGGAGUAAAUUUAUCUAAAUUUCCUCCUGACUAGCUUCAAGGAGACAAUAACAGCAAUACUUUGUUGUGCUUGUGUGCAUGCAUAAGCUACCGUCCUGUGCUAAAGUCCACCUCUUCUAAACAGCUAAAUUGAACCUCAGUGAUGAUGGAAGGUUUAACCUAACCCUUUUUCUGUCAGGAAUGAUCUGGUCGGAGCUCAGACAGUCACUGAUGAGCUGUUCCCCGCUGAUGGUGACAGCGAGGAGGGAGCCAAGCUGGAUGCUGUGGUGACUCAGAUCGACCUGGACCUGGUGGAUGAUUACCCGGCUUCAGACCCCCGCUGGGCCGAGUCUGUCCCUGAUGGUGAGGAGGGGGAAGGAGAGGGAAAGGGAGGGGUCCAUACUGUAGUCAGAAAAUACAGUGAGCCCUAAAUUGAAUCCAGAGGCUGCUUCAUGUCGCUUUUUUAAAAAUAAUUGUAAUUAUUUUACGAAAUUAAGAGAUCCCGACUCUAACUUUGCUGUGCUGGUUUGAGUUUUGGAUUUAUUUAUGUUUUACUUUAAGUAGCUGAUUGUACGUCAAUAAUAAGAUGGCCCUGAAGGUCAAUGGCAUGAAUAUGUCAGGAAGGCAAAAAAUAGAAAUUAAACAAAUAAAGGAAAAGAAUUCAUGAAUUAUGAGAAAUAUAUGAAUUAAAAAAAAAGAAAAAACUUUGAACAAAACACAAAGUAUUUCACAUGAAAAAAGCACAAAUAAAUUCAAAAACAAAAAUAUACAAGUAAUUCAAAUAAAUUCUAAAACUUUCUAAACAUUAACAUUCUAAAAUUUUUUGAAAGCCCUUAAAAUAUUUUUGAUCACAAAAAUAUUUAAAAAAAAAAACAAAAUUUUUUAACACACUAAAAAAUUUAGAAAACACAAAUACAAAUUUUAAAAAAUCAGAAAACCCUGUUUUUAAAAAAAAUAUUUACUGUAAAUGAUAAUUUGACUGUCAGAAAUCAGCUGAAUGAGAUCUGUUGUCAUAAAUCACCACUCAAGCAUGGAGCUACUUCAGACAAGCAAAGACCAAACCAAAAGUUCCUCAUUGAAGCUUUAAAUGUAAUUUAAACAAACACAUAUGAGUAAAACACAACUACACAUUCAAACAAACCCAAAAAACAAAGAAAGUCCCGGAAUAAAUAUCACUAUAGCUUAGCAGCAAGAACAAAAACAGGUUUGUAAACGUGACAGAUUUUUGCAUCAUGCAUCUGCCGUCAUACCAACGUUAUGCUUUUUGCAGAGAGUGCUGGUUUUCCUCUCACCUCCCUCAUCAUCCUCCAUCAGCUGGAAGACAAGAUGAAGGCCCACGGCUGCUUCAUGGACUUCCUGCUCCAGGUAUUUGAGCACCACACUCUCACAAAUCCAGCUGGAGUGGCUUCUGUCAGGGCUUUACUAUAAAAAGUUAGUGUUGUAUGAAGAUCCUUAAAAAUCUCCUGGACACCAUCAGACUAACUGAACCAAAUCAAAUCCAUGCUGUUCAAAUAACAACUUUCCUAGUCACUAAAUAGAUUACACUGAGCUCUGCUGAAUACUAAAAGCAUCAAACAGAUGUGUCUAACUCCACUGGGUGUAAACAUCAACGCUCCACUCAUGACAGUGAGUCUGCAGUGAUUGUUUUUCCAAAGAGGAUUAAACCGACACCAUGAACCAGCUGGACUCCCGCAGUCAACUAUCCUUGAAAUGACCUCUGUGCUCUCCUGUCAGGUGGGUCUGUUGGACCGGCUAAGCCAGACCACAGCGCGAUCAUCUCUCAUGGCAACACGCCUCCUGCUGUGCGAACACGCUGAGAAGCUCCAGGCAGCCAUGGUGCUAAAAAACCACCACACCAAACAUGCUGAGCUGGUGAACCGGGCCAUCAGCAUCGCCCUGCAGAGGAACAACACCGCUGUGCCGCCCAGCCUCACUGCCACCGACGUCUUCUUCAGAGAGGUGUGUGUCCACCUGUCUGCUUUAGUUGACGUAUGCAAAGCAGAGGUUUAAUAAAACAAUCGUUUUGGUGCUCUCACAGGUGUCCCAGAUCUCCUCAGUGUUUGAUUGUCUGCUGGAGGAAGAGGAGCGCUGUCUGAAGGAGAACCAGGUGGACUCGGUGCAGUGGGCAGAAGUGGUUCUCACCGUCAACAACAUCAUUAAGGUACGAAAACUUCAUAUCAUGUUAGGGUGAGAUUUCAGUCAUGCAGUGAUGUGAAGUCUGGCAAAUAAAAGAAAAGUUCAUAAAAUAAUUCAGUAUUUUGUCUUUGGUGUUUUUGCAGGACAUUCUGCAGGCAGCCGGUCAGUACAGAGAGACAAAGUCGUCCAUGUACAGAGCUUCAGAAAACGCUGCAGCAGAGCCUGAGUACAUCCCAUGGACAGGUAACAAAGUCACUGAACUGACCCUUUUACACAGCCUAAUGAAUUCAAGACUGUUAGUUACUUAGGAAACCAGUUUCUGAAGUUGCAAAGCAAACUGUUGUCCCACUGUUGCCUGAUAGAGGAGGCAACAUCAGUUCAGGGUCUCUGUUUUUGUUUCAUGAUGCUCUACAUGUUACAAUAAUUGGCAAGUCAGAACUGCAGGCAGACCAGUCCAGCAGCAGGACUCUUCUACUACAGAGCCAUGCUGUUGUAAUGCCUGCAGAAUGUGGUUUGUUGUUGUCUUGCUGAAAUAUGAAGGUCUUCCCUGAAAAAGUUGUUGUCUGAUUUUAAAGGGUUUUGCAGAAAGCUUAUCUUGAUAGGAGUAAAUAUUUCAUAACUUAUUGUCUGCCACCCUCCUCCUCCUCCUCCUCCUCCAGCAUCAGGUGGUGUUGGUGGCAUCCGUACGGUCAUCUCACGCCAGCAUGAGAUCAUUCUGCGCUCUGUGUAUCCUCAUGCCGACUCUGAGCUGCGCAGCGCCCUUUGUGAGCAGCUGGUGGCGCUGUUGGAUAUUUAUUUAGGCGGCUAUGUGGCCCAGCUGACCUCCCUGCAGCAGCAGAAGCCCUCAGGAGCCCAACAGGAGCGCUACAACAGCCUAGAGAUGGAGUACAGCCGGCGCCGUUGUGAGCUGCUCGCACCGCUGCGUAAGUGGAUGAUUAUACCGAUCUGACCGUGAGAUCUGAAAUUAGAAAGACAUCUGUAACCAGAGUUCAAAGGAUGAAAGAAAUUAAGAUAUUUUUAUGAUGACAUUUUUUCUUUAUUUUCAUUUUUCUUGAUUGUUAACAAAUUCUGACUGAGAAAAAAAAAAGCAAAAUAUACUGAACUUCAAGUACCAGAGCUUGAAAAAUUAUUUGUUGAGAGUUGGUGCUGAACAAAAAAAGACUGAUUGGUAAACAGCAUACACAACUACAGACUUCAAACAUAAACACUGGACAUUUGACUUACGAUCAGUCACAAUAAACAGCAGCUUGAAUUCAACAACAAACAGAGAAAAGCUUGAAAAUGUAAUGGCACUUGAGCAGCUGUGAUGCGCUUCACUGAUAUAAGCCACAUGUUAAAGCCUAUAGCCAACGCUGAUGGAUGUUUUUCUGCAGGUUUGUGUUGUCGUUGUACUAAGCUUGUUGUUUUGUGUUGCAGUGGAGCUGGGUCAGUACCAGUGGGUGGCAGCGCUGGCUGAGAAAUACUGCGACUUUGACAUCUUGGUUCAGAUGUGCGAACAGACCGACAACCAGAGCCGCCUGCAGCACUACAUGGCCAAGUUUGCAGACCAGGUACGCAGACAACCAGAAACAAACUCUGGUUUGUAUAAAUGAGAUCACAGUAGUAUUGACCAAUCAGGCGUCUGCAGGAAAAACAGUUUGUGUGGAGAGCAAAAGCAGGAGGAACACAAAUCACCUCAAUGACAUCUUGUCUCCCAUCAGCAGUACUCUGAAGAGGAUUUAUUUCUCUCUAUAAACAGAAACCUGUGCUCAAGUCAGCUAACAAUCAGUUCUAGAGCAAUAUUCACACUGAGACACUAAAGACAACCAGGGCUUAGAUUUCUUGACUGCUUUAAAUACAUCAGAAAUGAUGAAACUGAUCUCCAUUCAGCGAACCAUCAAGUUUUUAAACUGUUUUCUUUUUCUCCUCUCGAGCACAGACCUGACAAAGCUGCUCUCGCUUCAUUUUUUCUCUCUCCUGUCAGAACUUUGCGGACUUCCUGUUCAGAUGGUACCUAGAGAAAGGGAAGAGAGGGAAGCUUCUGUCCCAGCCCGCUGCUCAGCACCAGCAGCUCGCCAGCUUCCUGCAGUCCCACCAACACCUGAGCUGGCUGCACCACAUUCACGUCAACGACUACGCUAAUGUACGACUCACACACACUCAUGCAUACUCACAGAAAAGCCUCCAUGCAUAUAGUGCAUGUAGAUCUGAGUCUUGAGGCUGAUUGUUUCAUGUGUCUGCAGGCUCACAGGACGCUCUACAAUCAGGCCAACACAGAGACUCGGUACUUUGUGAAGAGGAAGACGCUGCUGGCUCUCAGUAAGCUGACAGUGCUGGCCUCCAAUCUGCCGGAGGACGAGCUCAACAAACAAGUCGAGGGUAAGAGAGCAAGCUGUUCAUUAGAAGAAGCAAAUUUUACUCUGAGAUGAAACUCUUCUGUGGUGAAAUCUUUUAUCAUUUUCAAUCUGCAGCUUAUUUUAACUCGAUUCUGGUGUUUUUCUGUCCACUCAGAUAUCGUGGAGCAGGAGCGCUUCCUGCUGCAUCAGGAGACUCUUCCUCGUCAGCUUCUGGAGGAGAAGCAGCAGAACCCGAACACCAUGCCUCUGCUUAGCGCUCACAAUCUCAUACAGGUGACAAGUCUAAGUUUCUCUUGCAUGUAUACACCUCAAUCAGACCCAGAGUGGCCCAGGCGUUCUGUAGAAAUAAAGAGAAUGAAAGUAAAAAUGAAACAGUUAAAUCAGGAAGAUAAAAAGUAAAAGAUGGAAUUUGCUUCAUGGUGCAUGAACCUGUAAGCUAUCUGACUUGAGAUACUGUAGCUGUGAGCAACAUGUGUGUGAGUAGUCUGAUGAUAACGGGGUAAUGUUGUCUUUUUCUACUGUUUGCCUCUUGUUAACUUUUCUGGUGAUUGUUUUAUUCUGUGAUGUAUGAGAUCAACUGAGAGCAGGCAUACCUUUUUCAAUAAACGGCUUCUCAUCCGGUGCUUGUAGACCUAGAGAAGAAUAACUGUCCAGUCCCACCACCUAGUAGUGACAUAAUCAUAGCUUAACACCCUCUGCUCACUUCAGCAUCCUCUCCUCUCCUCAGCUGUACAUCUCCGAUGACAACAGGCGAGCCAACGAGUAUGACUUCAAGAAGGCUCUGGAUCUGCUCGAGUACAUCGAAGAGGUCAAUCGGAUUUAUUGAUCUCUGCUCUGUUUGAGGCUUUUGCAGGUCGGGGUUGUUGAAUAAGCAAACUUAAAAACCUUUUUUAUGUGUUUGCAGGAGGAUGAUGUGGACCUGGACGCUCUGAAAUGUGAGAUCUUGGGCAAAGCACUCAAGAGAGACGAGUAAGAUCCAUCUUGCUGUUGAGUUGUGGAAAUUUUAACAAGAUCAUGUUUGGAGGAAAGACGUGUAACCACAGCUGUUCAUUUGUUUGUUAUUGAUGAGUCUUAGAUGUUGAAUAUGUUCUGUGUAUGCUUUUAUCUCAGCUGGUCCUCUGCUGAUGGCACAGACGAUCCCCUAGAAGGUGCCAAAGACAGCAUCUUUGUCAAAAUCCUCCUCAGACUCAUCCAGGAAGGUGAGACACUGACAGCUCAUAAAGCUGAGUUCAGCUGUUGUCGCUUGAAUUGCCUGAAAGAAAAUGUUACCGCCUCUAGUUUCUAGUCAAGAGAAGGUGAACGCUUUUGAAGAUGUUUGCUGACAGUUGAUUGGUUGUUCUUCUUAGGAGUUCCCCUGCAGACAUAUCUCCCUGACGUCAAAGAGCUGCUGGAUCUGGACGAGCUGAGCAGCCUGAAAUCCAAACCAUACUUUGAGUUUGUGCUUCGAGCAAAUUAUGAACAUUACCUCCAGGCUCAGAUGUGACGGCUGCUCCUCUCCUGGUAAACACCUCCUGCACUUCAGCUCUCCCUCACAUCCUUAUGCUUUAAAAAUGUGUUUAAUGGGAGAAAAGUAUAGUUCAAAGUUUAUUUAAAAUUCCAACACCAAAUUUGCCAAAUACACAAAUAGUUUCCCAAUUUAGGGAAGUGUUCUCAAGUAUAAAAACAUCUGUUAUAUUGGGCCCCUUAUAAAAAGUUCUUAUAGCACAAAAAGCUUAUUCGUGUUUUUCAGUGGGAGUGCAAGCAGUUCAUAUUGGAGUUUUCUACAGGCGACUCUUGAAUAGUUGAUCUACGUUUAGGUUUAUUUUGAAAUAAAGAACUAGAAACUUGAACAAGAAGUGUGACCUAAAUGUGAAUAAGGUCUAAACAGCUGUUUUGUUGUGAUAUAAAAGUCCAUUUAUCCCACCAUAGAGUGACUCAAACACUGUAAAUGCACAGUUUCUGCUCAAUUUACUGUUUUUUCUUUUUUUUUUUUUGUAGAAAUCUGAAAUUCAUAAAUAAAUGUAUCAACAUCUUUGUUAAAA